UUCUUGAAUUCGAACAUGUUUAUCUUGAAAAUCUUCCGUCAGCUUCAAUGUAUGAGCGCAGUUACAUGCACAGAGAUGUUAUUACACAUGUGGCAUGUACAAAGACAGAUUUUAUCAUAACAGCCAGUCAUGAUGGACAUGUAAAAUUCUGGAAGAAAAUAGAAGAAGGGAUUGAGUUUGUUAAACACUUCCGAAGUCACCUGGGUGUUAUUGAGAGUAUUGCUGUUAGUUCAGAGGGGGCAUUGUUCUGUUCUGUUGGAGAUGACAAAGCGAUGAAGGUGUUUGAUGUAGUCAACUUUGACAUGAUCAACAUGCUGAAACUCGGUUACCACCCUGGCCAGUGUGAAUGGGUAUAUUGCCCUGGAGAUGCUAUAUCUUCUGUUGCAACAUCUGAGAAAAGUACAGGGAAAAUAUUCAUAUAUGAUGGACGAGGAAAUAACCAGCCACUUCACGUUUUCGAUAAACUCCACAUGUCCCCUCUUACUCAGAUACGCCUGAACCCUGUCUACAAAGCAGUUGUGUCUUCGGACAAGUCCGGAAUGAUCGAGUACUGGACCGGUACUCCUCAUGAGUAUAAAUUUCCCAAGAAUGUGAACUGGGAGUAUAAAACGGAUACCGAUCUAUACGAAUUUGCUAAAUGCAAGGCUUACCCAUCCAGUAUAAGUUUUUCACCCGACGGCAAGAAAAUGGCCACUCUUGGGUCUGACAGAAAAGUUAGAAUUUUUCGUUUUCUGACGGGAAAGCUCAUGAGAGUCUUUGAUGAAUCUCUGAGUAUGUUUACUGAACUUCAGCAGAUGAGACAACAACUGCCUGACAUGGAGUUUGGGCGGCGUAUGGCAGUUGAGCGUGAGCUGGAGAAAGUGGAUGCAGUAAGAUUAAUUAAUAUAAUUUUUGAUGAAACUGGACACUUCGUUCUCUAUGGAACUAUGUUGGGCAUUAAGGUCAUAAAUGUAGAGACUAACAGGUGUAUUCGUAUCUUGGGAAAACAAGAGAACAUCAGAAUGAUGCAACUGGCUUUGUUCCAAGGAGUAGCAAAGAAACAUCGUGCAGCGAUCACUAUAGAGAUGAAGGCAUCUGAAAAUCCUGUUCUCCAGAAUAUUCAGGCAGAUCCAACAGUAAUCUGCACAGCUUUUAAAAAAAACAGGUUUUACAUGUUUACUAAACGCGAACCAGAAGACACAAAGAGUGCAGAUUCUGACAGAGAUGUAUUUAAUGAGAAACCUUCUAAAGAAGAGGUCAUGGCAGCCACUCAGGCAGAAGGUCCCAAAAGAGUGUCAGACAGUGCCAUCAUCCACACAAGCAUGGGAGAUAUUCAUAUCAAGCUUUUUCCUGUUGAGUGCCCCAAAACAGUGGAAAACUUCUGUGUGCACAGCAGGAAUGGUUACUACAAUGGACACAUAAUUCACCGUAUCAUCAAGGGUUUCAUGAUUCAGACUGGUGACCCAACUGGUACAGGAAUGGGAGGUGAAAGUAUUUGGGGAGGAGAAUUUGAAGAUGAGUUUCAUUCAACUUUACGACAUGACAGACCAUAUACACUCAGCAUGGCUAAUGCAGGACCAAAUACCAAUGGAUCCCAGUUUUUUAUAACAGUAGUCCCAACGCCUUGGCUCGACAACAAGCACAGUGUGUUUGGACGGGUGACUAAAGGAAUGGAAGUUGUUCAGAGAAUCUCAAAUGUCAAAGUCAAUCCCAAAACUGACAAACCCUAUGAGGACAUCAGCAUCAUUAAUAUAACAGUGAAGUAAGGCAGGCAUUGAAGCUUCCAGCUUAAGCAGAAAAAACCUGAGCAUGUGGGACCCAGAGAGGGACCUAGGAAGAACAAAUAUUUUUCAUAGUUCCUAGAUGUUCUGGUUUGACAUUGGCACAAGGCCAAAUGCUUGCAUGAAAAUACACCUUCUCUGGUGUCUGCUGUGAGAUUUUGACCAGGAAUAAACAAAGCAGGCUCUCA